AUGGACACUGCCAUUGGUAGAAUUUACACGAUUCACCCAAAUCAAAGUGAGUGCUUCCAUUUAAGAUUGUUACUAAAUUAUGUACAAGGUCUUACUUCAUUUGAAAGCUUGAAGGCCAUUGAUGGAGACAUUCACGCUACUUUUAAAACUGCCUGUUUUGCUCUUGGGCUUUUAGAAAAUGACGAGCAAUGGAAAAAUGCUCUAGCAGAUGCAACUGUUUCAGAAAGUCCUUUUAAAUUAAGAUAA